GAAGAAGAGAAUGCCCAUAAAAUGGUUGAGGCAGUACCUCCUGGCAGUGCAAGGCUGCAAGCUGUGACAAGGCUGAAAGCGCCCACCAGUGAAGAGCAGUGCUCCAUCGGAAGAUUCGGAAUUCCUAGCUGCGCAGAGGUCCACUGUGGGCAUGAAUGAUCUCCAAGUUAAUGAAACAACCGCCAUGGGUGGUUACACUGUCUUCAUACGCGUCUUGGCACACGACGAUAGAGCUGUGGAGAUAUGGUCCGAAAUUCGAAUACCGCUGCGGUCAUGAGCAGCAGAAGCAACAAACGUGACUUGAGACUUUCUGCCCUGCACAAGCCCUGCCUCGAAAGGAUCAAUAAAAGACACUGGUCAAGGGACCAAAUGUCUCCAGACAACAAUAUCCUCCUCACCGUAAAUUUAGGCUCGUCGUGUGACCAGAUCAAGGAUUUCUUGUUAUAAGAAACGUGGUGAUAACAACUUGGACUCUUGAUACGGUCAUUAUCGUAAUGAUGGUAGCGUUCACCGGAACCGAUUUGCCUGCUUCAGGUCAGUUCAUAAUCCCUGGUAACCCGCUGUUAGGCCUUGUAGUGACUGAAUUAGACCAAGCUAAAGCUCUGCGAUCACCGUUGCAGUCAGCUGGAGAUACCGGGGCGAUUUUAUCGUAUUACAAGUCUGCUGCGGCUAAUGGAGCAAUGUCAGACGCUAGUCUAGCUUCUAGUUCAGGCCCUUCAUCCAUCUUUGUUUCCCCAACUGCUUUUCAUUCCCGUUCGAUCUCGUCGACGUCUAUUGGUACCCAAUCUUCCUCAGCUUACUCUUCUGAGUCCUCAAAGGCACGGGCAACUGCUCCAAGCGCAUAUAAACCUCCUCAGCCGCGACCUGCCUCGCCACUUGGGUUGAACGGAGCAGCACGCCGCUCAAGCAUACCGUCCGAAGGUGGCGCAGACAGACGGCGCAUUGCUGUCGUUGAGAUGGACAUGCAUGUUAACGAGCACCCAAGGAGCGACACCUACCGCGACACGAGCACUUCUCCUUCGAGCAACUUAGGUUCCCGACGAGGCAGCGAGGCACAACUAGGUGGUCUCGCCCUUGUUGCACCGCCAGACGCGUCGCUACGAACGUGUAUCGGGUUUACCCAUCCACUCACUUCGCCUGUUCAGCCUCCGUCUAUCCAAUUACAACCCUCUUCGAGCACUGCACCCUCUCACGUGCGCUCAUCGUCAGAGACGGUCACAGUUUCUGGACGAGUUAUGGGGCACACCCGUAAGUCAUCCCGCGAGGUGGCUGUCCUAGGCACACUCUCUCGCCCAACCAAACUAUCAGAUCAAGACUACCCAUCCACUGUCACAGAAGCACUCAAACCACCCCUAUUCCAAACGCCCCAAUCCCGUUCACCUUCUCCUGGAACACCUGAGACAUCCGAUUCAGGGAGCUCCACUACGCAUCCCAAGAGUAGACAGAGGAAAGACGCGCUCUUCCCUAGUGUAAGCCCAAUUAAAGAGCUGAGAGAAACUCUGUCUCCCCAAGCAAGCCCUGUACCCGCUCCCGUGGUUACGCCACGCAUAGGAGAGAGCAAGGGUAUUGGCGGCCGUGUGGCUGGUCCUGUCAUCGUCAAUAUCUUCCCCGAGUCACCCACACCUGUUAAUGGGAAGCACAUUAUGAGCGUACCUAAGACAUCUACCGCCACACCUGCUACUCCCUACUUGUACUAUCAGCCUGGUCUGCAUGCAAAAGCGGGACCACUACCUCCUCCGCCCAUCUCUGUCUUUAAUAUUGAUCCCAAUGCGCCGCCACCACCUAGACCACCUCGACAUCAGCCACUGAAGAAGAAAGGUGACAUGGAAGCCGUGAAGCAGGCAUUGGCCCUCCCCCCAUCUGUCGCUGCUGCACUCAAAACGCGAAUUCUUCUCACGGAGCCCAAGAAAGAAAGCGGAGCAAUUACCAGCACCAACUCCCCACCUUCGGAAGCAGUGAAGGAGCUUGCUCCGACUUUGAGCCCCUUGCAACCAGCGGCUUCCGAAUCCCGGCCGGAGGAGCCAAAGUCUCGGCCUAAUACCUCAUCCCAGGGGAAGAAAGAGUCAGAACUUCCUGAGACGCCAGCUCAUGUUCGCGAAGGCGCUUUUCCCCCCUCACGUGUUUGCACCACGGACUUAAAUUGCACUGUGUCCCCAGAUCAAACGGUUGUUCCUCUUCCCCGCCAUGAGUCUAUGGAUGACCUCGUUGCUACAGUCGGACACGCGAUUGAUGACAUGGGUAUAAUUCGUUCAUCUGACGUUCCUCCCCCGACUGUUCUCGAGCCCUUACGGCGCAACGAGAAUCGGGGCAACCGAUCUGGUCUUGACAUUCGCCGCAUUUCCUUAACACCCACGCCGCCACUAGAUGAUGAUGGCAGCGUUGAGAAUGAAAGGGGACCUGAAGUGCUUCCGCCCCUGCCGGCGAAGAACGAGCAUCAAUCUCCGGACGAGCGAGUUAGAAGUGCACUUAGUAUUAAGCGGUUUUCGUCUCUUCCGCGCACGCCCUCGCCAAUGUCGCUCAACCAACCUUCCGGGGGAAGCAAAAGCUCUUCGAGGACGCCAUCACCGUCUUUGGUGGUCCAUCGUCCAGUACGAAGAGUACUGCCUCCAGUUCAGAAGAUCAAGUCCACGUGGCCACCAGCUAUGCAUUUCGCGGAUGUAAUUGUGAAGAAAAACGCCCUCGAUCGGUCGGUGGGGUAUGCACAGAAGAUUAAUGAACUUUAUAUGUACGACUGUGGAUUGGGCGAUUGGAUUGUAGAGACAAGAUAUAAAGCUGCAAAUCCCCCAAAGCGCACCCCUGUGAGAACGAGUGUCCGUGUUCCAUCGACACAUUCUCCCCGCACGCAAACCCGUAAUAUCUCAGAGUCCUCGACUGGCUCCGAAGUUACUUUUCCUAGACGCCCAGACGCAUACUUGGCUACCGAUCUGUCGACACCUCCCUCUGCUGACUCCAGUCCCCCCAAUGCACCUCCUCCGCUUCCAUACCCAGGGCUUGCUUCAGCGCCACGCAACGGGUCAAAUAGGGCAUCCACUAUCAUUGCUAGCUCAUCUUCAUCCUCUGGUCGCUCACUGACUUCCCCUACCUCAUCCAACAAAUCCCCGGGAAGCUUCUUUGCGUCUUUGGGACGGAAAACAAGUCUUAAGAAAGAUAAGAGUUUGGUAUCGAUGGCUCCAGUAAUCGGAAGGGUGCUAUCCAAAAGUCCACCGCGACCAGUAACUAUUCCGAAUUCCCCAUCCGUGCCAGGGGGACCACGCGCACCCCCUAAUCGUAUGCAAAGGUCCCAAACCAUAGUCAUUUCCCCUCAGUCCCCGUCAAAUGGCCCAGGUCACCACCGAUCAAGCACAGUUGUUAUACAACGACCUUCACAACUCAGUGGCCGCAACACAUUUUCUGAACGCGGAUCACCCACUGACCCAGAUGACUUCGCACGCCAGGUGGACAAACUUGCUGCUCUGCUCCCGAAGGCCGAUAAAACUGUCCUUGCAGGGUAUCUUCGUAGGGCAGGCCAAGAUAUCCUUGCCAUUGGCCAAUAUCUCGAAGACGAGAAGAACGGAUCUUUACGUUAUGACUAGUCCAUGUUAUGUUUGAUCUAUCGGUGCUCAUUUAUGCUUUGCUGUUUUCACUCGCUCACUUUAUACCAUUGUGCAAUACUACAUCCUGAUUCGUCUAUAUGAUACAUGUAUUAUUUGUUUUCUGGACUACACUACUGCUGGACUGAGAAUAUACUGUUGCUGUGCUGAGAUUUACCUCGCA